GGAGCCGCACGGGGAAGGCAGGUGGAGCGGCAGCGCAGUCCGGCACGCACCGCCGGGUGCCGCCACCGCGCGGGGCUGUGCCGCGCCGUCCCGCCGCUCUGCGCGGGGAGCGUCGGAAGGGGUGAAUGCGCAGCACAGUAUCCGCUAGAAAGCUCCGUUAGUGUAACUGCUGCUGCCAUUUCCUUAAAUAGCUUCUAUUAGCCACUGGAUUUUAAUAAAGGCUGGAAUCUUCCUUCGAAUAGAACUGAUUUUUAAUAAAAGGACCGAUGCCGCCAGCCCAUCUGGCUAGAAAGAUAGAGGUGCUCCGAUUUUGCAGCGUGCGCCAUGCCUAACACUUUAGAAUUGUCUCAGAUACGUACGCCCUAUCGAUGGCAUUUAACUGCCUGCUGUGCACGUCCUGUGGUCCUUUCCUCCCGCUUAAUAUGCUCGCGCUGUGUUACGGUCAGCCGUCACCUGAGCACCGAGCCCUCGGUGGCACAGGGGCCUGAACUCAGCACCGAGGGGCUGCCAGCAAGUCCGGGGUGGCCUAACGGUGGGGGUGCUGAAAAAGGAAUGUGGGAGGUUCUCCUGCCGCUUUGCGAGGAAUCAGUGCACUGUUUGCAGAACCUGUGUGAGAGAGGCACAAGCUCAGUCCGGUAACGGGAGCUAUGGAGGUACGGAGUGUGCCUGCUGGACGUGUAAGGGGGAAAUCAGUCGUCUGUAGUAGAGAUUGCUUACAGCCCUCGGAUACUCUCAGUUCGUCCGGAUUCAGGGGAUUUUUCCCAGAAGUGGCAAAGGAACAUCCUGCCAGGCCAACGUUUCAGGGCACGGGGAUAGCUGGCUCCGUGCUCCUGACUUUGGAAGGAACUGCAAUUGCUGUGCCCACAGAUCUUUCGUGGUAACAUUUCACUUGGCUGACUGAUCUUGACCAAAUCUGGCAUAGGUUGAGAGAAUUUUCCUGUGAGUUUAUUAUAAGUCUUUGGUUAUAAGCACCAGUCAGAUGUCAAAGGCUUAAUUCCUCCAGGCAUGGCAAGAAGGCAAGCACAGUCACCCACUCCUCAACACUGAACGGCACGUAGUCAUGUAUUUCUACCUUCCUUGCUAAUUGCUAAUCAGCAUAUGUGUCGUGCCUUCUUUUUUUUUUAGGAGGGGUGGGGAGGGGGGUUAUUUUAUUUUAAAAAGAAAUCACAGUGCAUUUUGUAUUGAUGAUGUGUGACCUUUAGUGAGUCCAUUGCGAUGAUUUGCUCACCCAUGGGGAACGGGUUCCCGUGUUGACAGUGAUUCCAAGAGCUGGUAAUUUAAAUGGUUGUCUUAGGUUGUUUUGUUAUGUAACAUGAGGAUUUUGCACAGGAUUUAAAUGUCAGCCUUCUGUUAUAUUUGAUUCAAAAUCAAAUUGUAUUUUUCAGAAAAAAAUGCAAAUAAACCAUUUUUUGUCUCCUGAUACAAAGGAGAAAAAACCCACAAGCUUUGCGUGAUCUUCACAAAAGGCAUUAGCAGAAGUGGCAAGCUUUCUGCAAAGGCUGCGCUAACUUCCAUUUGUUUUAAAUUUGUGUCCAGGACAACCAAUAUGGAUUUGGGGUAUGCACCAAUCUGGGUCCCCACUGAAAUCCUCCCUGGUUAAGAAAUGCAAGAUGGCCCAAGUGUACAAACAGAUAUCCUGUGUGAGAGACGGCAGAGCAUCUGUCAUAUACCCAAUCUUGAGAAAACAAAAUUUUGAUUUAAGCACUCCAGUUAGUUUUUCUCGUCGCUUCUCAUUUCUGAUGCUUGCCUUUCCACCUCCCAGACCUUCCAGCUGCCAGCAUUCGUUGUGCUGAAGGAAACGCUGAGCCGUGCAGGACAGCCAUUUUGAAUUACGUGCCCAUGAUCUAUUGUUUCCCUUCAGGGAGCUCUCUGAAUGCAUUACACAGCUCCAGUACUACAUUUGCAAAUGCAUUUCAUCUCUUUUCUAUUCCCUUUUCUGAAUUUGUUGGGAGAAAAUGUAACCAAAACUCAGGAGGAAAGAAAGAUACUGUGCUAUGUUAACAGCGAAAUUCAUUUUGGGGAGGGUUUUUUUGUUUUGUUUUGUUUUUUUUUCAUGAACCAACAGUUGCAGCACGUACUCAUCUGUUUCUGGGUGAGAGGACUGAGUUUAUACAGGCUGGGUCCAUUAUUGCUCAAAUAACACCUCUUGUGCACUGUUUGUAUUAUUGUCCUCGCACUUCCUCCAUGCAUCCUGGAGAUAAAGGCCUUGGUUUUAAGAAGUGGGGAGGACAAGGUAGAAUAGUGAAUUUAAAACACAAAGAAGACGCUAGGUAGGAGAAGCUGUGCUUGUGAGAGGCACCGGCUUCCCGGACUCAUCCUGUUCAUUUCGCAUUUGCGUGUUAAAAGAAUCUGAAAUUAACAGCUUAUCUACAGAAAAGGCGUUACCAGCAGAUGACAAGACUGGGGCAUGAUUCUGGUAGUUUUUGUUUAAAUGCCAGAUGGGCUGUUCAGACUGCCCUCGAGUGCAGCUCAUGCUCAGCCCUUACCCUCUGUUUACUCACCUUGGCAUUUUGGCUGGUGCCUCUCAGGUUUCUUGCAGUAUAUAUACUGUGCAUUAAUGGGACCCUGGAUCUUCCUCCACCGCUUCGUGGUGUCCUGGGUGCACUUUCAGUCCCAUUCCUCUCUGCCCUUACCAACGACUCACUCUGUGUCUAAGAGGUGGGCUACAGCUUGGCUUGGGUAUAAGCAAGACGUUAAGAAACCCUCAGCCUGACCAAAAGACUGUCUAUUCUUACAUAGAUUGUUGUUGUCAGCUAGGCACAGGCACUGCUUUGGCUGUCACAGAUGAUGGAUGGAGAAAAUGCGAAGGCUGAACCCGGUUGUGAUAGCUAUUUCUGUGAAGAGCUACUACACGCGCCUGUCGUUGCCUUCCAUGUGGGGUUCCAUCCGUGGCUCUCCCUGGCGAUGUGCUGCUGUGUUUGCAGCCCAACCACUCACCCAGUUGUACACACCAGAGAGGCCAAACUGCUGUGGCCUGUGGGGCUGAGCUGCUCUCAGCUCCUGGGGAGGAUGGGCCCUCCCAGGCAUCCCCUCAUCUGCAGAGGUAAAGGCAGGAGAGUAGGCAUCAGAUGGUGAAUUUUCUUGUUAUUAAACUGUAGGAACCUUGUGCUCACAAACCAUCAUUCACUCUUUAGAUUAAUUCACUCAAUAGUUCUGAGAGAUCAAGUUGAAGAGUGAUUUUAGCAAGAUUACACUUGAUGGCUUUUUCCUUUUUUUUUUUUUCUUCCCUAACAGUGCUCCAGUGUUGCCAGUUCCAGAAGAGCAUGGCCUCACAGUGUGUCUCAAACAUUCAACUUUGAACAAAAUUUCUUUGCUAAGAUCACUGUAACCUGUUCUGUUUGGUAUCCGAGCAUUUACUGUUUCUGUUUAGGUAUCUGGACAAAGAUGUAGAUGACAGAGAAGUGUCUUCCCCUUCUGGCUUGGAAACAAAUCUCUCAAGAGCAGACCAGGACAUUUCUCUGAGGAAAUGGAUUCAUCAUCUUCCCAAAACCAUCCAGUCAAAAAGCGAGUGAAAAUUCAUCCCAACACGGUAACGGUGAAAUAUACAUCUCACUAUCCCCAGCCAGGAGAAGAGGGAUAUGAGGAUGGUAAUGAAGAUACAGGAGUAUUCAUGGAGGACAGUCCAAAGACAAGACUAUUGAAUGCUGGGAAAAAAAGAGAAAGGACUUUUUUUGGUACAAUAGACACGCAGCUUCAGCCAGCACAACUGCCAAAACCCAGUGAGAUGGGGCAUUUCCAGAACUUUCCUGAAGGAAAUAUACUGCAGUCAAGGAAAAUGUGGAUAGUCCUUUUUGGAUCUGCCGUGGCUCACGGAUGCGUGGCUCUAAUUACACGAUUAAUUUCUGAUCGUUCCAAAGUGCCAUCACUAGAGUUAAUUUUCAUCCGUUCGGUCUUACAGGUCCUGUCCAUUACUGCUGUGUGUUACUACCAUGAGCCACCCUUUGGCCCCAAAGGGUACAGACUCCGGCUCUUCUUCUAUGGGGUCUGCAACGUUAUCUCCAUUACCUGUGCUUAUACCUCUUUCUCUAUAGUUCCCCCUAGUAAUGGAACCAUUAUGUGGAGGGCCACCACUACAGUGUUCAGUGCCAUUUUGGCUUUUUUACUAGUAGAUGAAGGAAUGGCUUAUGUAGACAUAGUUACAGUAGUUGGCAGUGUGUUUGGUGUUUGUCUGGUCAUGAUCCCCAACAUCAUGAAGGAAGAAAACUCUCUGCUGAGCACCUGGAAGGAAGCUUUUGGCUAUACCAUGACUGUAAUGGCAGGUUUGACCACUGCUCUCUCCAUGAUAGUCUACAGGUCAAUCAAAGAUAACAUCAGCAUGUGGACAGCACUAUUCACCUUUAGCUGGACGGGAGCAGUGUGGGGAGCAUCUACCAUGUUCUUACUUCAAGAGCCAAUCGUCCCACUGGAUGGAGAAACCUGGAGCUAUCUCCUUGCCAUCUGCCUGUGCUCCACAGCAGCCUUCCUGGGGGUCUACUACGCCUUAAGCAAGUUCCACCCUGCUUUGGUCAGCACUGUACAGCACCUAGAGAUAGUCAUUGCCAUGGUCCUGCAGCUCAUUGUGCUGCGCAACUUGCCAGGUACUUACGAUCUUGCUGGAGGAGCAGUUAUUUUGGUUAGUGUUUUUUUCCUUGCAUGCUAUAAACUGUCCUGGAAGAAUUUAGGAAGACAAGAUUAUCAGGAGAUUGUGGAUUCUUCCAUUAAAUGAAUUGCAGUUUUGUUGUCCAGCUCUGGA